AUGGUUUUACUCGCAAUAUGUGGGUUGUUGCUUUUGGGGCACCUUCCAUCGGCUUUCUCGCUUCAAAGCGGACCGCAGUCUGUUACUGGCCUUCCAUCCCAGGCAUCUAGCCCAACUGGGUUGCAGGAUUUCUUCCAGCUCUAUCAGCCAAUAUCGCUGGCUUCCAGUGGGAAAGGCCACUGCAAUAUCGAGAUGCUACUCAUGGAUCACGUCUUUGCAGUCAGUUAUGGGGCGCCAUUUGUUGGCAACUACGUGCCCCCAAACUGCGACUUUGAUACUGUGCGAAUUAAUCUCACGGUCACCUCUCGGGGAAGGCAAUAUGACCGCCUGGCACUCAUGUACCUUGGAGACAAUGAAGUGUUCCGGACUUCGACCGCGGAGCCUUCAGCCACUGGCAUUGUCUGGACCUAUAUUAAAGAGAUGUCACAGUACAAUUCGCUAUGGAAGAGUCCCCAGAAGCUGAUAUUUGACUUGGGAAAUAUUAUGAACGAUAUUUAUACUGCCUCGUUCAAUGCCACCCUUACUGCGCAUUUCUCAAAGGAGCAUAAUGUCAAGACCGCGGAUAUGAUUCUCCCAAUCUCUGCCAAAAAGUCAGCAUCAAACUCUGCAAGUGCCUUCCAACUUCCCACAGACAACACAACAGUCAUGUACAAGAUCCCCGCUGCAGCAUCGCGUGCUGUUGUGUCCAUAUCGGCAUGUGGACAAUCAGAAGAAGAGUUCUGGUGGUCCAAUGUCUUCUCUGAGGAUACCGAAGACUUUGAAAGCACUGUCGGUGGGCUCUAUGGGUACACUCCUUUCCGUGAAAUUCAGCUCUAUAUCGAUGGGAUCCUUGCUGGGCUUGUCUGGCCAUUCCCUAUUAUCUUCACGGGAGGCGUGGCUCCAGGAUUCUGGCGUCCGGUUGUUGGAAUUGAUGCAUUUGACCUUCGAGAGCCGGAGAUUGACAUUUCUCCAUUCCUCCCCAUGAUGCAAGACGGGAAACAACAUUCGUUUGAAAUUCGGGUGACUGGGCUCAAUGUCUCGCCAGAUGGGACCGCCACAUUUUCAAACACCGUGGGCUCGUACUGGGUUGUCACAGGAAAUAUCUUCUUAUAUAUCGAUGACGACAGGUCUAAAGCCACUACCAUUCAUCACAGCAAGGCGCCCACGGUGGAUGCUCCCUUGCCAGUGUUUUCUGUGGCUCGGAAUCUUAUUCACAGUGAGGCCGGGGGGAACGAUUCUCUGUCAUACUCUGUCGUCGCCGAGCGAGAUUUCACUGUGACCUCUUCCCUGUACUCUUGGUCUCAAAAGCUAUCUUUCUCCAACUAUGGUCUCCUCGACCAGCAAGGAUACAGUCAAGUUAACACACAACUCACAACUGGCAAUAACACUAUUACUGCGCUCGGACACAAACCCAUCUCAAACAGCAUUACAUUCCAAUACCCUCUGGUUGUUAAUGCAACUUACGGCUUCCCCCCGAAUGGGACAACUAUUGACGCUUGGAUGGAGAGGGGUCUCGAAAUCGAGGGAACAGGAGGGAUCGGUAUUUCCACUUAUACCUUCAGCUCGGGGCCAUCGUACCUAAACACAAGUCAGUCCGGCACGGCGCUGUAUAAAUCCAUCACUGGUGGAAACUCAGGCUCUUGGGGCGAAACCAACCAUGUUUUCGAAAGUCGGAUGAAUGGGCAAUCAUACCACCGAUCUGUUCAUGCAGUCAAUAGUACCGUUGUACAUGACACCGACCCUAACGGCAAGUCCUCACCUUCUUCUCCACAAGAUAAUGAGAAUACUGGGAGAGACAGUGUGAGGGCUAUGAUUGGAAAGGGACCCGGGUCUCUGAUAAACUAG